UAAUCAAAGCAACAUUUACAUGUUUUAAGGAUGUUCUUUUUAACAUUUCGAGGCCAAUCUAUGUAGUUAUGCUUAGAUUACAAUAAGAAUGGAUUUUGAAUGCAAUUACUUUUACAAGGAAGCCACGCCCCCAUGCGUAGCUUUUUAAACCUCUGUGAGUGAAUGAAAGACAGGAGCUCAGCAGUAUCAUUACCUUAUUUUUGACUCGGCGUCUUAAAAUGUUUACCACCAAAAGUUUCGUUUUUGAAUGUUUGAAGACUUUGCAAAACACGUGCACACGUGGAUUCAGAAGUGGGCUUGCUUUGCACAGCCGUGUGGAUUUAAAGGGUCGCAGCUGUUUGACGCUGAAGGACUUCACUUCAGAGGAAAUCAAGAAGCUCUUGUGGGUUUCUGCGGAUCUGAAAUAUCGCAUCAAGCAUGAAAAACAGUAUCUCCCUCUUCUGCAAGGGAAGUCCAUUGCAAUGAUAUUUGAGAAGAGGAGCACCAGGACAAGAAUGUCUACAGAAACAGGAUUUGCAUUGCUGGGUGGACAUCCUUGUUUCCUCACUGCCCAGGACAUCCAUCUGGGAGUCAAUGAGAGUUCUACUGACACUGCAAGGGUACUCUCAGGACUGUGUGACAUCAUCUUGGCUCGAGUGUACAGCCACUCUACGCUGGAGGAGCUGGACAAGGAGUCCUCCAUCCCAAUCAUUAACGGGCUGUCUGACCUCUAUCAUCCCAUCCAGAUUCUGGCCGACUUCCUGACUUUACAGGAGCAUUACGGAUCCCUGGACGGACUAACCGUCAGCUGGAUUGGCGAUGGGAACAACGUCCUACACUCAUUCAUGAUGGCUGCGCCAAAAUUGGGAGUGCACCUGAAGGUCGCCACCCCUAAGGGCUAUGAGCCAGAAAGAAGUGUAAUAGAAGAGGCUGAAAGGCUCUGUAAACAGCAUGCAACCCAGCUUGUGCUGACCUCUGACCCUAUGGAGGCUGCCCGCGGCAGCAAUGUUUUGGUGACGGACACCUGGGUCAGCAUGGGGCAGGAGGAGGAGAAGAAAAAGAGACUCAUGGACUUCCGAGGUUAUCAGAUUACCAUGGAGACAGGAAGUGCAGCUCAGCCUGACUGGACCUUCCUGCACUGUCUGCCGCGUAAAAUGGAGGAAGUGGACGAUGAAGUUUUCUAUUCCACGCGCUCUCUCGUCUUCCCUGAGGCAGAGAAUAGGAAGUGGACCAUUAUGGGUCUGGUGGUGUCUCUCUUGACAGACUACAGCCCACAUAUACCAAGGAUGAAGUUUUAACAUCAGGUUUUGGAGGAAUAAAGACAUCAGUAUACA